AUGGAUGAAAGAUUGAUGCUGAGGGAAGAGGCACCCAGCGCUCCUCCGAAGAACAUUGUGGCCAGUGGACGGACAAACCAGUCCAUCAUGGUCCAGUGGCAGCCCCCGCCUGAACCCCAGCUGAAUGGAGUCCUCCGAGGAUAUGUGCUCAGGUACCGUCUGGCAGGGCUGCCAGGUGAUUACCAGGAGAAGAACAUCAGCAGCCCAGAGACCAACUACUGUCUGCUGAAGGAUCUGAUCAUCUGGACUCAAUACCAGAUCCAGGUGGCUGCCUUCACUGGAGCCGGCCUGGGCGUCUACAGCAGUCCUGUCACCGAGUACACUCUGCAGGGAGGUGCGAGGGGGACAGUGUGA